GGCGGCACCUAGCCCGUGUAACGGAAGUGUCGCAGGGCGUGCGCCGGUGCCGUGAUGGAGCAGCAGCAGCAGCAGCAACUGAGAAACUUGCGGGACUUCCUGUUGGUCUACAAUCGGAUGACAGAACUAUGCUUCCAGCGCUGUGUGCCCAGCCUGCACCACCGAGCUCUGGACUCUGAGGAGGAGGCCUGUCUGCACAGUUGUGCUGGGAAGCUGAUCCAUUCCAACCACCGCCUCAUGGCCUCUUACGUGCAGCUCAUGCCUGCAUUGGUCCAGCGCCGCAUCGCGGACUACGAGGCUGCCGCGGCCGUGCCAGGUGCUACUGCUGAACAGCCCAGAGUCCCGCCUUCAGGUAGCUAGCCGUUCCCAACUCCAGGAGAGAAGGCACUAGAAGGACCCUCAGACUGAAGGCUUGGGAAUCCCGUACGUAGAGAAUGAGAGUUUGCCUGAAA